AUGGGUAAAACAGAUCGCGUCAGAUCAACCCUAGAUAGACAUCCACUGCGUGAGCAACUGACUAUGCGUUACAUGUGCUCCACAGGCCGCACUCCAUCUUUCUUCCCCAACGAUCCCUUUUUGUUUUGUAUUUGGAAGACGGGCGUUGCGUUCAGUUUGAAAGGCAUGGUUUUCAGUAUGUCUCCGGAUAUAGCCCCCCUCUAUUUUCUUCAGGUUCUCCCCCCUGUUCAAUUUGCCUGUGUCUAUGGGUCAUCUCUUCAUCCAUCCAACCACGACAAGACUACCAUGACAGAUUAUAUUCUUGGUGUGUCUGACCCCAAGCAGUGGCAUUCUGAGAAUCUGAAAUUGAACAAGCAUCACUAUGCAUCCUGGAUGGUGCACCUUGGUGGGGAGAGGCUGAUUACAGGAGUUGCAGAUAAAAUUGGCGUUGGAGUACAUUUCAACCCUUUUGUUAGUUGGAAUGGAAAGCUCUUCAAGUAUGGGGUUGUUCGAAUGCAUGACUUGCUUCAAGAUGUACAAUAUUGGGAGAAAUUCUACUUGUGUGGCCGAUUACAGAAACCAGUUCAUAUAGUUGUUGAUAAUUUAGGCGUUAACAGCAUCAAUUCUGUUAACUUGAGAGCUGCAGUGUCAGCUGCUCUCCUCCUGCUUCCACCAGAAUUCACAGAGGCAGACCUCUAUGCCAAAGUAUGUAGUCUCUCGUACACAGGUGAUGUACGCAUGUUAUUUGCUGAGGAUAAAAACAAGGCGAAGAAGAUUGUUUCUGGCCAGUUUGAUCUAUUCCAUUCGAUGUAUAAGCCAUUUCUUGAAGAGUACGAGGCUAAGAAGUUAUUGAGACUUUCAUCAACUGCCAAUAAUCAAAUACAUGUCUCUCAGGGUUGUGACUUAUCCGUUCAGUAUUCUCUAGUUUCUGCUCUUCCUCCAUCAAUCAGAAGCCAGAUCAGCAUGAAGGAAGUAGAGAAAACAAAAUUAUGGGAAACUGGUGGACCCAUACAUCAUCCUCGUAACAGCAUAAGAGAAGAAGCUACAAAUUGCUUACAGAGUAUUCUGAGGCGGAGAGUAAUGGUUUCAAGUGCAAGGCAGGCUGUAUCUGGUCUUCUGGCUGUUGGUGCAGUAAAUUCUAGCAGGUAUCUGGCUAAGAAAGUUAGCAAAGCCUGGAAAUCAUGGAGAUGA